AUGCUCAGGCUACUACUAGCCAUCCAGCAGGGCCAGCCUUACUCUCCUCCCUCUGCACUGCCUUUAAACCUGCCGCUCCUUAUUAGCCCCUCCUCCUUCUGCGCGAGCGAGCGUGACGUCAUGGAUCCAAACCCAAAACAGACCGCCCCCGGAGACAGAGCGCGGGCUGCACUGCCGGGACUACUUCAACCGCGCCGUACACGUCACCUGAGGCAAGGUUUGUGCUCACACGGAGUUAUCACUCCGCCAACAGUAAAAUAACAAGCAACCGGUCAAGGUCAUAGUGGAAUGGGCGGAGCCUGCACGUGAGAGAGAGGCAUCUAUUGGACGCAGAACGCGGUCUUUGACCUGGUGUACGGCCGCCUCUGACGUCACGACGCGAGUCCGUUUUGUGACCUAUUAAAAGUGACUCGGUCUCUAGUGAGCCAGUUAUAGUGUCAUGGGAGCCAGAAUAGGGGAUAAUGUGGGAGGUGACCCCAGAGUUACACUCUCAGACACAUUGUUAUUUUUUCUGGUAUUAUAUAAGCACCGUAGGCACUUCACUUUUUUUUAUAAGCACGUUACCUUGUUUUAUUAGUUUGAUUUCAUUUUUGGUGGUGUGUGUGUGUGUUUGUAGAGAAGAUAACACAUUGCAGUGUGAUCAGGGGCUAAAGCGUAGAAAAAUAACACUGCAUAUGCAUUUCAGUUUCUAGAUUUUAUUAUAUAGCACUAGUACUUUGUAUUACUUUAUAAUGUAUUAAUAACACACAAAAGUAUCAACUAGUAUGUAAAAAAAAAAAUAAUAAUAAUAAAUAAGGCCCUAAUUUCAUCCAUUGCUUUUGGAAAUAUCCCUAAUGAUCAGUGGUUCCCAACCCAGUGCUUAAAGGGACACUAUAGGCAGUGGCACCCAGACCGCUUCUUCUCAUUGAAGUGGUCUGGGUGCAGAGUUCCUGUUCCCUUAAAGCAGCACUGUCAUCUUCUGGGGACUUUGCUGAAUUUGCAAAGACCCACGACUGUGACAGCGGCAUUGGGGGUCCAGUGGCCUGGGACGGGCAAGUAAAGGUGAGAUUUACUUACUUGAACCUGUUUUCUCGAUCAAGUGGCCAUCUUCCUCGGUCUGCUGCGAUGUCACUGCUGUACUCUCAUAUGGCAGUAAAAUAUAUACGUGAUAUUUUUUUAAAUUAAAGGGACACUGUAGUUACCAGAACAACCAUAGCUUAUUGUAGUUGUUUUGGUAAAGGUAUAAUCACUAUCUGCAGAAAUUUUCAUGCAAAGUCUCGUAAAAGGCAGUGUUUACAUUGCCCCCUAGGGACACCUCCAGUGGUUACUCCUGAGAUGGCCACUGGAGGUGCUUCCUGGGGCAGUGCUGCACAGUAGGUAGCAUGGAGAUGCUGAAUUUUCCUCAUAGAAAUGCAUUGAUUCAAUGCAUCUCUAUGAGGAGGUGCUGAUUGGCCUAAAUCAGGGGUUCUCAACGUUAGUCCUCAGGACCCCCUACCAGUCCAGGGUUUAGGGAUUACCUGGGUGUGUCUAAGGUGUUUAGAAAAAGAGAAAAAAAAACACCUUAGAGUCUAAGGUGUUUUUCCCCCCUUUUUCUAAACACCUGAGACACACCCAGGUAAUCCCCAAAUCCUGCACUGGUAGGGGGUCCUGAGGACUGGGUUGAGAACCCCUGGCCUAAAUGGUGUUUGGCCUAGACCCCAAUCCCGCAUCCUUGCCGAUCUUCGCCAAUACAAUGCUUUCAGCAAUUUUGAUGACGUCACCAAGGAGGCAGUUUGGGGUCGGGGCCAGCGCCAGCAGACCCGAGCCACCUAAAUGGAGGGUUUAACACCAUAGGGUCAGGAAUACAUGUUUGUGUUCCUGACCCUAUAGGGUUUCUUUAAUGACAAUUCUUUCUUUUUACCAUAUGUUAUUUUUUCAUCGCUUCUUAUAACAGACUAUGUCUUCCAAAGCUUAAUAUCCUGCAUAUGUAGUAGUAAUUCUUAUUUUUUUUGGUUUUUCUGUUCAUUACAGAAAAACAUAAUCAAAUGGUUCCAUUACUUGGUGCAGAGAUGGUGCACACACCUUUGCAACUUUAUCGCUAUCUUCUUCGAUGCUGCAAGCAACUUCCUAAUGAAAAUGUCCAAAAUUAUUACAAACAUGCCAUAAAACAGGUAAUUUUAUUCCACAUCCAGCCAAACAGGGCUAAUGGUAUUGUGUAUUAAAUGUUGUGCCAGAUGUCACAAUGAUAGCGUGUUCCCAGGUUGUUUGCAGUCUCAGAUCUUUAGCUGUUCCUGGACUACAUAGUAUAUGUUCUUUGGGCAGCUUUUAAUGUCAGAAUGGAAAUAUAAAGUACCACCUUUUUAUAGCUCUGAGUAAUGUGACGUGAGGUCAAUGGUUAUCUAACAUGCUUUGAAUGGACACACUAAGCAACAAAACAACUAGAUCUUAAAGGAACACUAUAGGGUCAGAAACACAAACAUGUAUUCCUGACCCUAUAGUGUUUUACCCACCAUUUAGGUGGAUUGUCCUCCCCUUAAUCCCCCUAGAAAAGUUUAAAACUCACCUUCUUUCCAGUGCCCCGCAGGUCCGCCGGCGAUGGUUUUGCCUCCUUUGUGACGUUAUGAAAAUGGACAGUUUUUAGCCAAUCUAUAGGGAAAGCAUUGGAUUUGCUAAAAUCGCCAUGGGGCGGAACCAAAUGCCGUUUUGGCCAAUUAGGACCUCCUCAUAGAGAUGCAUUAAAUCAAUGCAUCUCUAUGAGGAAAAUUCAGCAUCUCCAUGCAGAGCAUGGGGAUGCUGAACGUCAGGGCUGCUUUUUUGGCAGCAUUGACCCAGGAAGCACCUCCAGUGGAUAUCUAAGGAGUGGCCACUUGGAGGUGUCCCUAGAGGCAAUGUAAACACUGCCUUUUCUCUGAAAAGGCAGUGUUUGCGUGAGAAAAGCCUUAAGGGAACUACUAUACUCACCAUAACAACUACAUUAAUUAAAUUGCUUUAGUGUAUAGUUCCUGUAGUUUUUUUUUGGCAAUGUAAAGCAUUGCCAUUACUGAGAAAUGGCAAUUUUGGGCCCUCUAGGGGCUGUCGGAAAGCAAAUAGAGGCAUUUCCUCCACUACUAUACUAUUCUGUGAUGGCCAUGGGCCGAGGCUGUGAGGGAAGAUCAGUUGAUCUCUUCUGCCAGCCCACGCAGAGCCGGCCUUGCUGCGUGCCCUCUAGGGCUCACUCACAAGCUCUUUAUUUCAGCAGAGUGAGGGGAGAAAAGGUGCUGGGAGGAUCUAUUCUUCUUAUGAGCAGGCAUUUCAGAGGAUUGCUGCAGUUACAACGGCAUCGGUUCAAGGUACUCACAAGAAGAGUGAACACUGCCUGCAGCUGGAGGAGCUGCAGGCUAGAUUUACUCAUCCCCAUAAAUAAACAAAAUAACAUUAACCCCUUAAGAACGGUGGGCGUUCUAUGGCCAAACACUUGCCAAAAUCUGUGUUUAUAAUUGUUUUUUGCAUUUUUUUACACAAACAAAUAUAAAUUCUAACGUUGGUCAGUGUUUGUGACUAAGUGGCUACUGAAAAUGACUGGACAUACUCCAUAUUUAAUACCCUGGCUUGUCUACUUUUAAAUGGUAUGCCAUCAUGGGGGUAAUUCUCAUUCCUGGGCUACCAAACGGUCUCAAAGGCAAAAUAACCAACCAGGCAAAUUUCAAUGUGAAAAAACUGAAAAACCGUGCUCUAUUUGACCCUGUAACUUUCCAAACCACCAUAAGACCUAUACAUGGGGGGUACUGUUGUACUCGUGAGACUUUUAUUUCAGUAAGAGCUAACAGUAUUAUGACAUUCACAGUUAAAAUGCCACGCAGAACUAAACAAUUGUAAAAAAAAAAAAUCGUAAUUUCUCACUUUUUUUUUUUUUUUUAGAUUUUAUUCAUAGUUAAUUAUGUUUCAUAUAUGAAUAGUUCAUGUGAAAUGAAAGCCCUGUGUAUUUAAUAUGAAAAAGGUGAAUUACGGUUGAACAGUGCAAAUUCCAGUUUUUAUUUACGUUUUGUUUUGAUCACAAGGUGUACAACUGGCUCAGUCCUUAAAGGGACACUCCAGGCACCCAGAACACUUCUUCCCAUUGGAGUGAUCUGGGUGCCAACUCCCACUACCCUUAGCCAUGCAAGUGUAAUUAUUGCAGUUUUUAUAAACUGCAAUAUUUACCUUGCAGGGUUAAGUCCUCCUCUAGUGGCUGUCUAGUAGGCAGCCACUAGAGAACACGUCCGUGUUCAUAGAACACGAAAAGUGUGUUAUACGACGCCGGACUUCCUCAUGCUAUGUGAGGACCUCCAGCGUCGUCGAAAUCACCAUUUGAAAGCAUUAUUCAAUGCUUUCCUAUGGGCAGGUCUAAUGCCGCGCAUGCGCAAUAGGUCUCCCCUGCCACCAGCUGCGCAUGCGCAAUAGGUCUUCCCCGCCGGUAGGGGGGGGAGGCGUAGACGGAGCCUGACCUAGCGCCGAGGGACAUCGGCCCUGGAUACAGGUAAGUCACUGAAGGGAUUUUAACCACUUCAGCAACUUGGGAUGGUAGGUGGGAGGGAGAGGGGACCUGCAGUGCCAGGAAAACUAUUUGUUUUCCUGGCACUGGAGAGUCCCUUUAAGGGGUUAAUAAAAAAAUGCAUUUGCUCAGAUCUCACCCAGCCUCUGCAACCCUUACACACACACACACACACACACUGCACCCCUCACACGCACAGCAUCCCUCAAACACAUCACCCCUCUACAUCCCCUAUACACACUCUAGAUCCCCUACACACACUAAAUCGAUUUUAAACACACUGCACCACCUGCUCACACUACGGUCCUGACAAACACGCCACAUCUCAUAUACACACUCUGGAUAUGCACACACUAGAUCCCUGUAUGCAAAAACACACACUAAAUUCCCUAAAUACACACUCUCUGCAGCCCAUACACACAAUGUCACCUAUACACAGAUACACUACAAUGCCUAUGCACACACUCGCUGCAUCCCCUAUACACACACUAUGCCCCUAUACACACACCAUGGCCCCUAUACACACACUCUCUACAGCCUCUAGCCACACAUAUUAUACCACAAACAAAACUCAACUAUAACCGAAACACAAAAACACCACACCACAAUUCGCUCACUCUACACAAGAAAUCCCACAAACAGCCUUCAAACACAUGUACAGUAUUCUUUCCUAGCCCUUUUGUCCUCUGGAAUCCUACUUAUAGAGACACCAGAGACAAGAUGCAAGCGUGCAGGGCCUUUUUCUCAUGCGAGAGCUCUGCAUGGGUUGCCCUGAAAGAGCAUUGAACCAACAUGCUCACUCUGAGCAUGCUCUCCAUUGUUGAUGACACAACCCCCCCCCUUCUAGUAAUGCCCUCAUGCCACUGGGUUGCUGUGAUUAAAAAAUCCCUGGGCCAAAUUUUUUUUCCCAGUCUGGCCCUGUCCAUAGGCUUACGUGUUUACUGAUGAAAUUAGUUACUUAAAAAGACAUUGCAAAAAACAGGAGUAGAAAACAUCUGGCGUCAGAGUAUGAACAGCUGGUAGCUAGCUAGUAGUGAAUAGCCAGUUAACUCAAACAUCAACAUCAAGGUAUGAUAGCUAAACAUUCGAAAGUAAAACAGUCCUGUCUGAUAGUUUUAUAUGUGCAGAAUGCUGUUGAGAUAAACACACUAACGUCCUGUCCAGAGGUGUAACAAGAAACCACGGGCCCCGGUGCAAAAAUUGCUCUGGGGCCUCCCAAUACACCUACCUUGUACCCCACAUCCCCUCCCCCCCACACAUGCAGACAAACAGAUACACAUGCAUACAGACACACACACAUACACACAGAGACCCAUACAUACAGAAAUACUUACAGACACAUGUAGAGACACACACACAUACAAUUGUAUACACACACUCAGACAUAUACACACGUACACUCACAGACACACACACUCAGACAUACACACACUCACUCACAGACACACUAAGACACACCUACACUUACAGACACACAUACAUACACUCAGACACACACACUCACAAACAAACACAUACAUACACAUUCAGACACACACACUUACACACACACACACACAUACAAUUACACACACACACACAAAUUAUUAUUAAAUGUCCACCCAGCCUCCCUACCUGGAGAGCUGGAGUGGAUCUGUCCCUUGGGUCCAGUGGGGCUUCAGUGUGGCGGGCGGCAGAGCUCCUGUCAGACGCGGCGAGGGAGCUGUGUUCUCUCUGCUCCCUCGCGGGCUGUCUAGUGAUGUUAUAUUCCGGCUCCCGGCAUCAGAAAACAGCGUGCGAGGGAGCAGAGCAGAGCGAACACAGCUCCCUCGCUGCGUCUGACAGGAACUCUGCCUCCAGCCGGGGGGGUGGGGUGGGAACAUGGAGGGGCCGGCAUUUAGGCGACCCACGGUCGCAGGGAUCGUGGUCUGCGACCGUGGUAGGUACGCCACUGGUCCUGGCAAAAUGUACAGUACCAGGCUAGUAAACAGAGUAGACAUGUAAAAAAAAAAAACUGUGCAGCAGUUGAGCUGUGAUUAGUGAGAAACUGGUAGACUCUUCCUCAAAGGCUCAGAUUAAAGUUAAAAAUAAGUAUACCUUAACUACCUGUAUAGAGAAACUUUUUGUUGCAAUGCAUUAUGCUACAAACUGUUUUGUUUGAAUCUGUUCACUCUGGUUGGAAACAUUACCGUUGUAGAGGAACUUAUCUUCAUUGCUUUCCCUGUGAGUGUUUGAUGUAGAGGAGAAGAUUCGAUUACUGGAUGGGGAGGGAGUGCUCCUAUCUAGGAAGACUGUGAGAGCUUCCUUCAUUACUUUUAAGACCUGUUUAGUCUUUCUAAAUCCCUUCAUCUUGCUUUUCAUCCCUAUCUUCUAUUUCAUAUGUUUCGUCAUUUUGCAAAAAUUAGAGCCAUAGUUUUCAAGUGGCUGAUUGCACUGUAUUACCUUUUGGUUGGAAAAACAAACAAACCUGUAAACACUCUAAUUGCAAAAUCCGCAAUCUGUGACUGCGCUUAGUUUAUGAACUUUACACAAGAGUUAUAGCUGGAUGGCUUGUCAUAUUUAUUUACAUACAUCUUUUGCCUUUAUUUUCAGAGUUUUCGGGUACAUGCAGAUGACAAUGAUCCUGCGAGGGUACAACAGAUCAUUAAAAGGGCUAUUGAAGAUGCUGACUGGAUAAUGAAUAAAGUAUGUAUUUACUUUUGUUAAAUUUGCCUUCUAUAAACACACACUUGUGGACAUAAAGGAGCACUCCACACUACAAAUAAAAAAAAUUUUUAAAUCACUAUUUAGUAGAUCUACCCCUCUGAAGCUUUCCUAUCUGUGUGCGUGCACAGCACAGCAUUCAGAAUGAAUGCUGGUCCAAUCAAAAAUCUUAGAAGAGGUAUGCGGAGGGGAUGCAGGCACCCUCGUGUAGAGUGACGUUUCCAUUAGCUCGGGGGAACUAAUAGAAGGCUGAAGCAAACCUCCCUGGUUGUUUGACAGCCAGGAAGGUAUUUCAAUAUUUCAUUUUAAAAGUGCAGAUUUUGAAUCAAAAUCUGCACUUUCAUAAAGUGUCUUUUAAACGGGAUACUCCUUAAACAUUCAGCACUUCAGCACAGUCAUACUGAGACUUAAUUUAAGACACUAUCAAAUGGUAAUAGGCCCGGUAUAUUUCCAUUUCAUGUCUUUUAUGGUUUAUAAUUAAAAGGACACACUAAGCAACUAAACAACUUUAGUUUAAUUAAGUGGUUUAUGUGUAUAGAUAAUACCCCAUCAGCCUCACUGCUCAGUUCUCUGCCAUUUAGAGUUUAAAAAGCUUUGUUUAUGCAACCCUAGCCACACCUCCCCUGGCUGGCACUCACAGACUAUUUUCACACUUCCUGAAAAAGAAGUCUAAAGAGUUUAACUUCCCAUGUUGCACAGAAUUUCUUAUCUUCUGCUCUUUUAACUGCCUGCUGAAGCUUCCUGUGUGAAAAAGUUCAGUUAGCAAGUAAAGACAUUGUGUUGUGAGAUUUAAUUAUAAAUGUAAACCUUUUUUUUUUCCACUGACACUGUAUGAGAAACUGCAGGGGCAUGAUCUCUACACCAAUUAAGCUAAAUUUGGGUGCUUAUUGUGUCCCUUUAACAUGUGCAGAAGACAUUUUAUAUGUAUUAAUUUAUAUAUUUGAAAAACACAUGCUAUUUAUUUUUUCCCCCAGUAUAAGACGCAAAGCUAAGAACACAAAGGAAAGUGGCAAAGCUGUGUGUAUGGUGACAGGAAAUGAACUGCUCUUCGUACUAUUAUGCUGCCAAAGAAGAAACAAGCAGUUAUACAUCUAUAUUAUUCUUUGCCUAAAUUUUCUUUGCAGUUUUGGUCAUCUACAAGAGGUUUAUGAAAAUCGUAAUCUGACUGAAAAAAGGAGCAUUCAUUGGGUUUAAGUGUAUGUUAACAUGCAUUUUUAGUACAAAUCAGGUUUUCUCUCUAUUUCUUUCACGGAAGCUGUUGAUACUAUUCUUAAUCCUUUCGAAAAGGUAUUUGUUUGGAGAUGGCUUUGUAAAUUUAAAUACAGUAUAUAUGUAAAUCUGUAAUAAAAUUAUUGAUAUGCAUUACUGCAUGUGUGUUAAUUUGAAUGUG